AUGGAUGCAAUAACCUAUACGACGAGAAGGACUAACAGAUCAAAGCAUUUGGAGAAAAAAUUAAAACCGCCUGAGGAGAUUGCUGUAGAAAAGGUAGCUAAAGUAAUACUAAUUAAGCAGGCAAAGAAAGAAUACAGAAAGUACCGUGACAGGCAACUAGAUGACUUUAUUGACAGAAUGAUUGAAAGUGCUCAGGAAAGAGGUCUAGCUACCUGGUUCGCAAGAGAACUUGGGAUCGAAUCAUGUGUGGUUCAAAGAUGGUGGAAAAUGUCCAGAGAAAUGGAAGAAGUACCUUACAAAAAGUCUUCUAUAAGUUCUGAUCCUCAGUCUUCUUUCAGCGAUGAUCACAACGGCUUUUUGAGGAACCUAGUGUAUGAUGAUCCCCCCCCAGCUUCCUGUGGGUGAUGUAGUGGGGGAGGUUAGCUGAACAAUUCGAAAAAUUUAGCAUCUCAAAAUCUCAACUCAAUAAUCACCUUCAGUCUUUACAUAUAGAACUACUCAAUAAUCAAUACCCAAAGAAAAUUUUCCUUGUAGAAAAUUGUAUUGAAAAAAAUUGUGUUGAAAAAAAAAAUCACUAGUUGGAAAACCAAAGCUAGUUUGUUUCUAGAUAGAAUAAUGAGUAUUUAUGAUAGCAAGGUUUGAAACAGCUUCAAGCUAUACCCUGAAGAUGAACAGUCUCUUGUACAGCGAUCAGAUUAUGAAUGCUCAUUAUGAAUGUUAGUUAAUUUUAGUCUUAUUCCGACAAUGUACAUUCUAGUGAUGCUGAAUUUAUUUAAC